AGGAGACGUUAGAGACUGCAGACCUCUCCUGUUAAAGGCGCAUUUCUAAACUGGUUGGUCUCUCAGGAUGUCUGCUGAUGACUCAGCAGGAAACAACCUGGUGUCGGUGGACUUCGAAAUCUCCGGUCACGUUCAGGGAGUCUGUUUCCGAAUGUACACAGAGAGGGAGGGUCUGCGGCUCGGGCUGGUGGGCUGGGUGAAGAACACCUUCCGAGGGACGGUGGUGGGGCAGGUCCAGGGUCCGGCUGACAUGGUGGAGGAGAUGAAGGUGUGGUUGAGCAAAGAAGGAAGUCCAAGCAGUCGGAUUACCAGAGCUUCGUUCACCAACCAGAGGAAGAUCGACAAGCUGGAGCUCUCCGGCUUCAAGACUCGGUUCUGAGCAAUGAACAGCUUCUCUGCCAUCGUCUAGGCGAGGUCAUUUCACAGCUACCUGUAAUGAUGCUGCUCCAAAUGUAAAGAAUAAAGACUGUUGGCUGGUUCAUUCAGAGGAGGACUGAGGUUUGAGUCCAGCCAUGCUGGAAGAGAACAGGAGAAGUUGUUCUGUUAGCUUAAUAAAUGUGAUUUAAUUUUUUUUAAAAAUAAGCACAAUAUUGACUUUGUGUCUCCAUCUGUACAGCAAACACUUAAAAACCUUUGGAGUCAAAACUGCAUCUAAGAAAUGUCUUCCACUGUCGCUGCUGUUAUGGCAGUGUUCACUGUUGUUUGUGCCUUUACAUUAAGUUGUGUUACUAUUUGCGGCCACGUGAUCUGAGCGUUUAUCACAUGGGCUAAAGUGUUAUGUUUCACAGUCAGAUCCAGCCCUCGCUCAUCACAUCCAAAACAGACAGUGAUGGUGAACAUGUUCAUGUUAGUGUUUCAGAAACCAGUGGCUGAUGUUGCAUUAGUUAUAUCCCUCAUUGAUACCGUCUGUGGGCACGUGUAGGCAUUUUAGGCUGUGAGGCUCUCGUGUCUCGUUCCCUUUGGAUGGGUUACAUCAUGAAUUAGCUAAACUGAGCUCUGUUUCUCGUGCUUAAAAGUUGAGAAAAGUUCAGCUUUUCAAACUCCAGCGCUGCUCGUUCAGUUCAGUGUGACAAUGAAGGUGAUGAUCGCUGCACUCAGUAAUCAGCCUGUUGUUGGUAACAGGCAGCUACAGGUUUAGCUCAGUUAGCUUGCCUUGUGUUUUCACUGUGACAGUUGUAGCAGCAAAAUAAUAUUUAAUUAAUUUUGUUAGCCAUCUGUCUCUUGCUCUUAGUUUUACUUCUCUUGUUAUUGUCUUAAUUGUUUCCAGCUGUGUCUGGUUACCCUGGUGUUUCCAGUCUCCCUGAUUACCUCCUGAGUCUAUUUAAAGCCUCAGCUUCCCUCUGUUCUCUGUGGAGUCUUACUGUGU